UCACUAAUUUGUCCAGAGGUGUGGCUGCUCAUGCUCUUUAAAUUUUAAUUAAUUUCCCCAAUAUUUCUUCAUCUUAUUCUUUAGUAGCAAUAUACCAAUAUGGAUUACCAGCAUCGUGUUGGUUCAAAGACUGGUGGGGGAGGUGUUGCCUCAUAUUCAGAAUCAAGCAAAGACAGGAAGGAGCGACUUAAGAAACUAGCAAUGGAAACCAUUGAUAUUACAAAGGAUCCAUAUUUCAUGAAGAACCAUCUUGGACAGUACGAAUGUAAGCUGUGUCUUACUAUUCAUAACACUGAAGGAAGCUACCUCGCCCACACACAAGGGAAAAAGCAUCAAUCCAAUCUGGCUCAAAGAGCUGCUAAAGAAGCUUCAGAAACACAAAUGCUCCCAGCUCUAGAGAAACCAAGAGUCGAUAUCAAGAAGUUUAUUAAAAUUGGUCGCCCUGGAUACAAAGUCACUAAACAAAGAGAUACUGCAACUGGCCAGCACAGCCUGUUCUUUCAGGUUGAUUACCCUGAGAUAGUAGAUGGUCUUCGCCCGAGACACAGAUUCAUGUCAGCCUACGAGCAGAGAAUGGAGGCACCUGACAAGGCUUGGCAGUUUCUUCUAUUUGCAGCUGAACCUUACGAGACCAUCGCCUUCAAGAUUCCAAGUCGUGAGAUCGACAAGUCAGAAGGCAAAUUGUGGACCCAAUGGAACAACGAGACAAAACAAUUUUUUCUACAAUUUCAUUUCAAAUCUGAUUACUCUCAAGUUCCAGCUGCUCCACUCCCUCCUAAAGACAUGCCCCCAAGAUAACAUUCACAUUAUGUACUCCCUCCCUCCCCCCCCCUCUCUCUUUCACUAAUAAUACUGUAAGUAAUGUAUCUCCAUGUACUGGGAAUUAAAAUUAUGUUUUUCUGAUAAUAAAUUUUCUAAAAAUAA